GUUACGCGUCUCCCUGGAAUGAGACCUUGAACCAGGACGCGUUGAUGGAGACAGAAGUCGCGGCUGAAGAAAAACGGGUAUUUUUUAUUUUUUAUGGCGAAGAAGUGCAACAAACUUUCCAUUUCUAUUUGUCUUCUAUUUGAUUCCCACAUUUUCUCCUCGACUUCUUCCCACCUAAAGCCAGAGGACACACUUUGAGCAUGGAAACGCACUCCUGCGACCAGGGCCGCGAGCUGUAAGUUCACCACUGACGAGACCUGCGAGCGGCUGCGAGAUGGCCGACAUUCUGGAGCUGCGGACGGACGGGAACUCACUCCUGAAGGCGGUGUGGCUCCGCCGCUUGAGACUCACCCGGCUCCUGCUGGAGGGCGGCGCCUACAUCAACGAGAGCAACGAGCGCGGCGAGACGCCGCUCAUGGUGGCCUGCAUGUCCAGACACACGGACCAGCAGAGCGUCAGCAAGUCCAAGCUGGUGAAAUACUUGCUGGACAACCAGGCCGACCCCAACAUACAGGACAAAACGGGUAAGACGGCGCUGAUGCACGCCUGCAUCCACAAGGUGGGACACGAGGUCGUGGAUCACCUGCUGAGCAACGGAGCCGACCCCAGCCUGGAGGACAAGAGCGGGGCCUCGGCUCUCGUCUACGCCAUCAAUGCGGACGAGAAGGAGACGCUGAAGCUGCUCUUGGACGCGUGCAAAGCGAAAGGAAAGGAGGUUAUUAUAAUCACCACAGACAAGUCGCCGUCUGGCGCCAAAACGACCAAACAAUAUCUAAACGUGCUCCCGUCGCCGGGGCUGGACGAGAGGUCCUCCCCGACCUACUGCACCUCUCCGUCUGAUAUCGAUGUCACCGCAUCGCCCACCCCAGAGCAAGAGCAACAAAACACGGUCUUCAGUUUUCAGUCGAAGCUGAAAACGUCCGCUUCGGCUUCGAAGCUCUCCAGCGGGCCCACGUCGCCAACGCGGCGAACUGCCAACCCCAAACGUGCACGUUUGCCUCAGCUGAAGAGGCUGCAGUCGGAGCCUUGGGGGCUGAUCGCUCCGUCUGUCCUGGCCGCAGCCGCCGCCGCCGCCCAUGAGGAGGCUAAGAAAUCCAGCUCUGACGACGAUGUCGUCACGGGGAUGAACGGACUCUCGCUGAGUAAGAGGUCAGUUUUAUCCCGACAGAACAGCGUGGACGGGAAGGAGAGCUUCCUCCCGCUCGUAGGCGAGCAGGCCUGCAAGGUCACGACCUCACUGUCGGGCCCUCCGACGUCUAAAGCAUCGUACGAGAGAUCGCUGGGCCAGCACCAGCCGCUGGCACGGCGCAGCACUGUGCCCACGGAGCAGGAGAACAGCAGCUGCAGCAGCGGCGCAGCCAGCCUGAGGGACACGGUGCAAAGGAGGCGCCUGGGGAACGACCAUUAUGACUCAGACUCGCAGCUCUACUCAGACUCUGCCAUGCUAGACUCUCCUAAGGUCCCAGUGGAGCGAAGAAAGCUCAACACUUCUCCUCUGGCAAUGCUGACCAGCUCCAAAGAAUCUCUCGACAGCAACGCCAGCACGUCCUCUCCCAGCACGGCGCGCAGGCGGGCGCCGGGCCUCCUGGAGAGGAGAGGCUCGGGCACGCUGCUGCUGGACCACAUCUCCCACACCAGGCCCGGCCACCUGCCCCCGCUCAACGUCAACCCCAACCCUCCCAUCCCAGAUAUCGGGGUCAGUUGCAAGGCCUCGUCGCCUCUGGCCACAGGUAUUAGGUCCAUCGCUCCGGUAGCACCAAACACACCAAAGAGAGGCAGCCUCAAGUGCAAGAAGAAGCUUGUCCGACGGCACUCUAUGCAAGUGGAGCAGAUGAAGCAGCUUUCGGAUUUUGAGGAGCUGGCUCAUUAGAUUGUGACGGUGAUUAUGCAGCAUAUUCCACGGGAGUAGAAGCGGCCACAUCAUUAAUUGUCAGGAAGUUUGUCGCCAUAUAGGUUACAUUCAAGUUCACUCUCUCACAGCCAUCUAGAUGUUGAGAAAUGUAUCAUUUAGAUUAUAUAUAAUCUAAAUUAUGUGUGUGUGUGUGUGUACAGUACGUGUGUUUUGAAACUGAGCAAUAUAGAUAGAUUUCCUCCAUGUUUCAACCAACCUUAUGGGUUAUUAUCUUUUAAAGGUCCACUUUGUAAGAUUUAGGAGUAUUUAUCGGCACAGAUUGAACAUACAGUACUACCCUUAAGUAUGUUUAUUUUUGUUUUACCUCUAGUUAACCACGAAAGCCUCGCUGAGAUUCAAAAGCUCUUUUAAACAGGGAUAUACAGGUGAGACAGUAUAGAAUAGAAUAGAAAAAGCAGUCAAACUUACACGGACAUAGUAUUCAUGAAAUAUUCACCAAAAGAAGAAUAGUCAUAAAAUAUUAAAAUGUACACCCAUAACAAUUGAUCUGUGAUUCAGUUACAGUCAGAUUCACGUGACUCUGAGUUCAAAGUAAAUCUGAAAACAUUCUUUUGACACCA